AUGAGUCUUCAUUCGUCAUUUCACCGAUCUCAACAAAUAAGAGAUUUUACUUUUCAUUCCAGGAAAGGCGAUUCGACCGAGAUGGAAUCCAGUCAGAAAAAGCCGUUGUAUCAUAUUAUCAAUGGCGUGCGAAUACCCAAAUCUUUUUCACCGAAGUGUUUCCAAGAAGCCAUGAACUAUAAGCCAACGCCAGAUGAUGUAAUCAUUGUCACCUACCCAAAAUGUGGGACCACAUGGAUGCAGAACAUAGCGUUGUACAUCUACCGUAAGGGACGAGAAUUAGAAGAUCCGAAAGACUUCUUCAAAAUGGCUCCGUUCAUUGAUAACGUAGGACAGGCAGGUAUCGAUAAUAUGCCCAGACCAGGAACUUUGAAAACACAUCUUCCAUACAAUUUGAUGCCAUAUUCGCCAGAUGCGAAAUACAUAUUUGUCGUGCGAGAUCCAAGAGAUUGUUGUGUUUCUUUAUAUUACCACACCAGAAAUAUGAUGAAAUUCAAUUACUGGGACGCAACGUUUGAUGAUUUCUUUGAAAUUUUCAUGAGAGGAGAAGUCGAGUAUAAUGAUUAUUACGACCAUUUGUUGUCUUUGUACCCACAUCGUAACGAUUCUCAAGUAUUUUUUACGAAAUACGAAGACAUGAAGAAAGACCGCAGAAAAGUGGUGAUCGAACUUGCGAAAUUUCUCGGGCGGGAAUACAUAGAAGCGAUCGAGAAUGACAAUUCUGUAUUGAAUAAUAUUUUGACUUUCACUAGCUUCGAAUAUUUGCAGAAAAACCUUUCACCAAUUUUUAGUUCUUCGUUUAAUAAGGUUCCAGACGCAAAUGGAGAAGAGUUAUCAGAGUCAAAGAAGCAACUGAAAAAAGUUAUGGAAAGUUUAAGUCCUCCUGAAAAUCUACCUAAAUUUCAGUUCAUCAGAAAGGGGAUAGUUGGUGACUGGCAUAAUCAUUUUUCCCCCGAGCAAAUUGAAAGAUUUACUGCGAAGUUUAAUGAGAGAACAAAGGGAACUGAAAUCCAGGAAUGGUAUCCAAUGAAAUAAAAAAAAAAGUCUUUUCUACUGUGAAAAUUAAUUUUAUGUGACAUUUUUUUCUCUCGCGCAUUUCUUACUGUUUGUAUAUUUGCAUAAAAUUGGGCUCAUGAAUAUGUAUGCUUUAGUUAUGAACAAUUAUUUUGCAUAUUAUAAAA